GUCUUGCCAUUUGAGCAUCCGUUUUUAACCCUCAUUCAUGCGAUUAGUGGGUUUUUACCCUUCCCCCCCUCAAAUUUUGCUGCUUAUUGCUUGCAUUCAAGCUCCGGUUAGGUUGGUAUACAUAGCUCCCCCUCCUCUCUCCGAUUAAGCUCUGGUUAGCGGAGUAGAGAUGGCUGAGGGAAGCGAUUUCAGGCACUGGGAUGAGCUGAUACCGGACGCUUUGGGGCUAAUCUUUAGUAAACUUUCACUCCAAGAGAAACUCACUGUGAUCCCCAUGGUCUGCAAAUCAUGGGCCAAAGCAGUGAUGGGACCUUACUGCUGGCAGGAGCUUGACAUUGAAGAAUGGAGUAGUCGAAGGCAGCUCGACGACGUCGAUCGAAUGCUUCAAAUUCUGAUUAAUCGAAGUGGCGGGUCGCUUCGUAAGCUCUGCGUUUCUGGUCUUCAUAACACCAGCAUUUUCUUCUCCAUUGCUGAUCAUGCUGGUUCGCUUCGAACGUUGCGGCUGCCUCGGAGCAAUAUAAGCGACGGUGUAGCGGAACAAAUUGCUGGAAGGCUCUGUGCUGUUACAUUUUUGGAUCUAAGCUAUUGUGAUGAAAUCAGUGCUUGUGGUUUAGAGUUCAUUGGAAAGAAUUGCAAAGCUUUAGUUGGAAUGUGUAGGAACUUGCAUCCGCUGCAUACAGCGGGUAUGCUCGCCCCGGACGAUGAAGCUCGUGCUAUUGCAGCCACAAUGCCGAAACUCAACCACCUCGAAAUGGCUUAUCAUACUCUAAGUACUAAAAGUUUAAUGACGAUACUGUCGAGCUGCCCCGACCUCGAGUUUCUCGAUUUGAGAGGGUGUUGGGAUAUAAGGCUGGAAGAUAAGCUUGUUGCAGAGAAGUUCCCAAAACUUAGGGUGUUGGGGCCUCUCGUUAGGGACGUGUACGAGAGAAAUGAAUGGGAUGAAUGCUCGGACUACUCGUACGUAUCAGACGACUUGGCAUGGGACCUUUCUGCUGAUUACUUCGAUGAUGGUUGUAGUUACGACGAUCCGUGGGACGAUGAAGGCAGGCUAGAGGGAUUAGAGUUGAGAUUUUAUGAAGGAAUAGAUGAUGAUAAUGGAGCCUUUGGUUGGCCUCCCUCCCCUUAGCUAUGGAAACUAUAAUGUUUUUGGGUUUGUGAAACUGUUUGCUUUUUUCUUUGUUCGUUCGCCGUCCUACUCGGUAUCGACUCGAUGCUCAUGGAACUUAUGUGGAUUUGUAAAUUCUCUAAUAGAAAUUGAAGUGUGAGCUUCUUUUUGAUGAA